AUGUCUGAUAUUCCUUCUACAAAUUUGGGUAAAAUGAUUGAUCAGAGUUUGGCCAAUUUAUCUUUAAAUAAUAAUGAUAUCGAAAAUGUUGACCCUUCAAAUGAUUUAAAUUCAAAUGUUCUACAAAAUAAAGAUAAAUUUUUUAGUUCAAAUCUUAAAAAGGGCUUCAAAAGAAAGCGAUUAGAUCCAAGUCUAAAUAUAAAUAGUUUAACGCCUUUGACACCUAACACAGUUGAUUUUCCUACUGGCAAUGACAAUUCUAAUAAUGCUAAUAAUAAGAAUACUACUAAAAAAGAAAAUAUAUCCGUAGAACCAAAACCGAUGUCUGCCACUGCAAGAAUUAUGUUGAAAUUAUAUGGUGAUAAAACCCAACAAAUGAAAGAAUCUAGGAAGAGUGAAUCUGUUAAGUUGAACAAAGAAGUGAACAGUACGACCAUUUCAAGUAUCUCUAAUAAAACCGUAGUUCCUGAUAUGGCAAGCAGUUAUUCACGAGACGUACUGCGAAAAUUUAAUGAAAAAAUUGGCUCCAAGAGUUCUAGGAUAUCUAAAACAGAAAAAAAUGAAAAUCUUUUAAAUGAAAAGGAUCAAUUUAAUCAAGAUGAUACAGAUAUUGAUAAGGGCAACUUAACAAAAGAAAAUUUUUAUGAAAAAAAUGCUAAGUCGGAAUACAUUAGUUCGAACACUACACUGUCAUCAAAAUCAUCUGCUUCAACCUAUUUUGGUGACACACAAGAUUUAUCUACGAAGGGUUUUGAUGGUGAUAUCAAGGGAAGUAUAUUUAAUGAUACAGUUGAAGUCACAUUAAAAUGGAAGGAUCAUUUACCUGGUAUUGAUCCAAACACUAAAAUUCUUAUUAUCAGUAAAGAUAUCGUUUCCACGUUAUAUUCGUUGAAAAAUGAAAAAACUUCGUCUCCAACUAUUUUUAAUAAAGACACAAAUUCACUAGCCAUGGAUUAUGAUAGUAAAAAUAAUGAAUGGUAUAUGAAGAACCUUUUUUUGCCACCAGGGAUAUAUAAAUUACAAUUUUCAAUUAAUGGUGGUAUAUAUCAUUCGAAUUAUUUACCCACUGCAACAAAUACUAAAGGUAAUAUAGUCAACUGGUUUGAAGUACUGCCUGGAUAUGACAUUGUAGAACCAUUCCGUGAAGAGACUACAACUGCUCAUACACAUAAUAAGAAACAUGCAAAUAAAGAUAAGAAGGAUCAAUCAUAUAAAUCAAUAACUUCAUUGACCGAUUUUACUGGUGUAUCAAGAUCAAGUUCUUCUAUAAAUAAAAGAAAUUCAAAUUCAUCAUUUUUCAUGUUUGGUUUACGUAAAUUUACUACAUUAGAGAAACCAACACUAAAGGUAAACUAUUCUAAUGAGAUUCCUGAAAUUUUUAAAUUUGAUAACCUGGAUGAUGAUAUGGAUAGUAAUGAUGAAGGAAACGCUACAAAUUUUGAUAAAAAUUUUGAUUUUACAUUAUCAAAGGUAGUGGAUAUCAAUCAAGACUCUUUAUUCUCUAAUAUUCAAAGAAUAGCUAAGAUGACCACUGAAGAGGCAGAAGAGUAUUUUUUAACAAAAUAUAAAGUUCCAGAUUUACCCAUUUAUUUGAAUUCUACAUAUUUGAAUAAAAAUUUUAAUAAGAAUAAUACGAUUAACAAUAUCAUACCACAUGUAAAUUUAAAACAUCUGUUAACAACAUCAAUCAAAGAUAAUACUGUUUGUGUUGGUUGUACUAUAAGAUAUGAAGGUAAAUUUAUUACUCAAGUCAUUUAUGCUCCAUGUGACUAUGACAAAUAG